GUCGAGCGCUGACGGGACCAGCACGAGCCAGCCUCCCUCACACGGCACUGCAAGCUAGACUAACGCAGACUCUCCUGAAGCCCCUCACCAUGUCUCAGACUGCCAAGUCCGCCUCCAGCCAGGGCACCGAUGCCAAGGACAAGGGAGCCCCAGCUCCAGCUGCCUCCAGCAAGGCCACCAAGACCGGAGAGCCUGGCAUGGGAUCCUACAGAAUCAUGCUGUUCGACCAGGAGAACUUCCAGGGCAGGAUGAUCGAGGUCCAGAAUGAGUGUAUGAACGUGUGUGACCGUGGCAUGGAUAGAGUGCGUAGUAUCAUUGUGGAGUGCGGCCCCUUUGUUGCCUUUGAGCAGACUAACUUCCGUGGGGAGAUGUUCAUCCUGGAGAAGGGAGAGUAUCCUCGCUGGGAUACCUGGAGCAACUCCUACCGCAGUGACUGCCUCAUGUCCCUCAGGCCCAUCCGCAUGGACAGCAUGGAGCACAAGAUCUGCCUGUAUGAGCUCUCCGACUUCAAGGGCAACAAGAUGGAGAUCCAAGAGGAUGAUGUGCCCACCCUCUGGGCGCACGGCUUCUGUGACAGAGUGGGCAGCGUGAGGGUCCCUGGUGGAGCCUGGGUGGGUUACCAGUACCCUGGAUACAGAGGCUACCAGUACCUGUUUGAGUGCGGUGAUUACAGACACUACAACGACUUCUGCGCCUUCCAGCCCCAGAUCCAGUCCAUGCGCCGUAUCAGGGACAUGCAGUUCCACCAGAGAGGAUGCUUCACCUUCACCUCCGCCAGCAAGUGAACGACGCCUGCUGGUCGCCAGGUGCUGUCGUAGCCGCCAUGCAGCUCCUCUCAGCUUUUUAUCUCUCCAAACGAGCCCUUUCUCCAAUCUCCAGUCCUUUCCUGAAUCUCCACCAUCAUCGCUCCAUCCCACAGGAAAGACAGAAUGAGAGCAAAUACACUGGACAACCUUAAGUGACUUUUUAUGGUGCUAAAAAUAAACAUGUGAAAAACCUGAAA